AGCAGCCCUCAUCUCAGUCUGCAUAAUCAUCACUGUCAAUGUCGGCAUCAUCUAUCUCUCUCUGUCUCUGCAUCACACUCUUCUCUUCUUUAUUCUCUCCUCCCCUCCCCUUCUCUUCUCUUCCCUUUCGUGCAAUCCAUCUGGUGCACCGGACAGCGUCAGCCCUGGUGGUUCCUGCAACUCAGCUCAGCUGGCUACCAAUUAGGGUUCUCUGCUCCCCUGUUUCUUCUUCUUCCUCCUCCUCCUCCGCGCAUGGCUUGCUGCUGACUCCGGUCUUGCUGAGUACAGGGUAUGGAGUCGCAGCUGAGGCGUUCGGAAUAUCGAACUUCACACGAAUUGAAAGGGAAAGGGAAGGAUGAUACUUCAAAAAUGACAAAACCGCCCGGGUUCCACAACAAGUCCUCUACCGCGUUGGAUCCUUAUAGUAGUCUUUCCGUCUUUUCUUCUGGUGAUUCCAGUGCUUUCAGUGGUAAUGUACCAGAUGUAGGGUCCUUUUUCGGCACUAGCAGCACGACUUCGUAUCUGAUGAACUCUGAUUUCGAUAGUUUAUUUGACGAUGCUACCCCAGAGGUUGCACUCAGCACUUCCAUUGCUGCUCCAAGAGGCAAUGAGGUCAAGCAUUCAGCAUUUAGUGCGGCCAAACUGCAAGGGUUGUUUCUGCCUUACCUUCCUCAAGACGAUGCUGUGGCCGCGGGAUUGGGGGAGAAGGAUGGAGGAAUUGAUGCUUCAGAAGCACAGGAGGUCGUCGAUUAUUUAAAUCAACAACUUGCUUUCCUCUUACGCUGCCCUCCACCGGAAUUUUGGCAGAAAGUUACAAUGGAUGAAUCGCUGGAUACCUUUAUCGACAACUACCUUCAUUUUCGAAGAAGAUGGUAUGAUAGCACUGCAUUCAUAACGAGCAGCAAGCAGACAGCUGGGGUCAUUGUUGGUGAUGGAGACCUUAGUCGGAGAGUAUUCAUGCUUCUAUACAGGAUUUCAACGCAUCAAGAACCCGGAUUACCAUCUAGACAAUGUUUAUCCGCUAAAGAGCAUGCCGGUCUUUUGAAGGACUUUAAGCUACUAAGUUUACCUAAGCUUCUAGAUAUUUGCGCUGUAUACGAGCACGAUAAUCAUGAAUUGACCAGCCGUUUGGUUUGCAAUGUUUUUAGAGCUCAGCCCAGCUUCGCUAGUGAAUUGGCCGCAAUGGUGGCUCCAGUUUUGGAAAGAAUUGAUGCAGUGUAUAACCGCUGCCACAUAAUGAUGCUUAAGAGUGGAGUGGACGCAGCGAAGGAACAACCCACGGAGAUUGUGGAAUACUUGAAUGAUGUGAUUAUCACGCUUGAUUCUUUUAUUAGGUCAUAUUCACCUGCAGCUUUUACUCUCAUUACUGCCGGAACGACAAGUGAGAGGAUUGGCAUGUUCCUUCCUGCUCUAAGUGCAAUCUACGAAUACAUGCUACCAGUAUUGAGCAACUUAAUUCAGAAAUUGUCAUCAGUGGAGGCCGUAGAGGCUGCUUGUCAAAAUCAGGUGAAACGCCUCAAAUCCAGAAUUGUAAAAUUUACCUGGAAAAUCCUAGAAACAUGCUUUCUGGAAACGGAAGAUGAAGAAAUUGCUAAAUUUGGUGACUUUCCUAGUUUGGGUGGAACUGCUGAACCCAUAAAGGCGAUUUUUGAUCCAAUUGCGAAAGGGGAACUGUUAGUGCAAGCUGCUAUUGUCAUGACUCAAACUCUCGAAGAAAGCCAUCUAGAAAAAGCUUUGGCAUCUUUUGUUUCCAAUAAAUCAGGAACGCACAUGGGAGCUCUUUUGCGUGUAAUGGAAAAACGACAUGGACUUUGUGAGGUAGUUCACGAGCGUUGCCAGAGUGGUUCAUUACUCCUAGAUGGUACUCAAUAUGAGUAUCUGCUGUCCUUAGUUAGCGGGCGCCAAGCUCCGCGAGUAUCCAACCAGAACGAACGGUUGAAAAAGCAGGACAACGUGCAGGAGGAAGAAGCAGUUAUGUUACAAUCGAAGAUUAGUCAGGUCAAGGAAAUAUUUCCCGAGUUCGGAGAUGGCUUUGUAGCUGUAUGCUUGGAAGCAUAUGAUAAUGAUCCUGAGAGAGUUAUAUCUUGCAUUUUGGAGGAUAAAAUCCACCCCGACUUGGCUUCUUUGGACCGCACACUGCCCACAAAACCUAGCAGGAAAGUUGAAUCUUCAAAAGACAAAGGGAAGGGCAAGUUACUUGAGGAACCUCGAGUGGAAUCGAAAGGGAAGGGUGUCAUUGGUUAUGACGCCAGCGGCUCAUCUGCCAGGGUUUCUUCUCGUACGCUGGAUGGGAGUGCAACUAGUAGCGAAAGAGAGGGAACUCCAAGUAGAAGACCGUCAUUUUCUGCUGCAGCUACGGAAGAUUUAUCGAAGGCACAAGCUGCCAACGCUAACCAAGGACGAUUCAUAAGACGUGGCAAACAAGAUGGAACUUUCAACCAGUUCAUCGAUAGUAGGGAGAAAGAUGCAUCUAUUAGUGCAACUCUUAGGGCUGCGAAACAGUAUGAGUAUGAAGAUGAGUAUGACGAUUCAUUUGAUGAUCUGGCAGGCACUUAUUCAGCAGACAUUGAUAAAGAAGAAGAAACUGAGAAUUUGGUAGAUAAAAGCAAACGUUAUUCUGCUUCUGGUAACGCUGUCGGUGAGGUCUUAGACCGGAAGUCCGACGGAAAAACGAUCUUCACGAAAGGUGGGUUGCACCAACCAACGUCUGACCAAACUUCUGAUCGCAGGCAGAUCAGACAACACGAAGCCUCCAAGUCGAGAGGUCCAGCAGUGCUGCACAUGCCAGACCCGAUUUCCUCUGCUAACACUAGUAGGACAGGGCACCAGCUCUCGGGCCGUGGUGACCUUCAAUCUACUUCUAAUCGCAAGUCCACUUCUAUAGCCCCUGAAUCUAACAGCUCCGGUUGGGUUGCCCCAUCUGAUGAAAGUUUGUCUAAAAUAGCAGUGAACCCUGCAGAUGGGGGUAAGGUUCCACCAUCUCAAGGAACUUCUGCAUCUGCACGAGGGGGCAAGUCACAAAGAGGAAAAGGAAGAGGAAAAGGAAAAGCUGACCCAACUGCAAACUUCUAUCUCAAGGAUGGAAAGCUUUACACCUACAAGGUGGCUGGUGCAGAAGCGAGCUAUGCUACGGUUGAAGAAUAUGAGGCCUCCCGCAUGGAAGAAGAAGAGACGAUGUUUGGUUUAGGAGCCGGUGGCAAUGUGCCAGCCGUGAUUGCAGAUGAAAGAGAGAGUUCGGGGAACGUGGGCGCACAAAUACCUGGUGGUAGAGGCUCAAGCACUCGGGGUAGAGGCGGUCCACCUGGCAGAGGACGUUAUUCAUCGAAAUCUAACGAUAACCACCGGAGAAAGGAUCAGUCGAUGAAGAAGCAUUUUGCAGGUUUAUCGGGCUUGUAAGGGACAACUCAUGAAAUGCAAGAAGAUACAAUAGUCCUCAUUCAACGAUAUCCCAAAGCAGUUUUCAUUUCUAGAUUUGAAGUUAUAGCAUUGGCAUAGCAUUGCUUAUCUAAAACUUAAAACGAAUAGCUAAUGCCCACGUGACGUUCUUAAGCUGAGUAUAUUUGAAUGUUAAUAGAUGAGCUGGUUUAUUAGACCUACGCAUCAAAGGUUCAGCCUGUGAUAGCACAGCUUGCAACCGUCAUUAAUACUUGGCCACAAGAUCAUUUAUAUAAUGUACAUCAUCACUACAAGAAGUUCUAUGUCAUCCUAAUAUCAAAAAUCCUUGGUUUACGGCAAAAGAGCUUAAAUCUGCACCAUAAACCCAAGAAACUUUUUUGGAGAUUCGCAAAUGUACAUAAAGUUUACAAGAU